UGCACCUAAUAUGGAGAAGUUAAAAUAUAGUUUACUAUUUUCUUAAUAGAUAAAAAGAUUAAGUAACGAUUAUAGUUGUUCAUAAUUAAAAAAAAAAUGUUUUACUCAAGCAAAUAUAACUUACAUUACAUAGAUUUAUGAAGUGAAGAAAUAUGUAACUGCGGAAUGUAUAGAAGGAGAUACGUAAUAUGCCCCACUGCUGUAAAAUACUAACGUAGAGGGGGACAAAGCCGCAUGAGGGGCCCCACCCGUGAAUAUCAUCGUUAUGAUCGUCAGUCGUCAAUAUACUCUAUAAAUUGUUCUAUCAACGAUUAUUGUACGCAUUUCCAACUGUCAUAUUGUAUUAUCAUAUUGUAUAUAUAUUAGUUAUAUACAAAUUAUGGCUAGUUCAAUUAAUAGCACCAAUAAUGUCUAUAAUUUCAAAGUUGUGUUGCUCGGCGAAGGAUGUGUUGGAAAAACUUCUGUUGCAUUACGAUAUGUUGAAAACAAAUUUAAUGAUAGGCAUAUCAGUACAUUGCAGGCUUCUUUUUUAAAUAAAAAAUUGACUAUACAUGAAAAGAAAGUAAACUUGGCAAUAUGGGAUACUGCUGGUCAAGAAAAAUUUCAUGCAUUGGGACCAAUUUAUUACAGAAUGUCAAAUGGUGCCAUUAUAGUUUACGAUGUUACUGAUUAUGAUACAUUCUUAAGGGUAAUAAAUUGGGUUACAGAACUUAGGAAAAUGCUAGGCAGUGGAAUUUGUUUAGCAAUAGCUGGAAAUAAAAUAGAUCUUGAAAAGGAUAGACGUGUUUAUAUCGAAGAAGCAGAAGAAUUUGCUAACAAAGCAGGAGCUAUGCAUUUUCAUAUUUCUGCCAAAUUAAAUGAAAAUAUUGAAGAAAUGUUCUUUCAAUUAACAGUACGAAUGAUAGAACAUGCAGAUCUAAUGGAACAAAAAUCUACAUUAUCAAGAACAAGUAGUAUACGUCGUAAUGUUGUUGUGGUUGAAGAUGAAGGUGAAGAAACUGAACCAAUUAAGAAUUCCUGUUGUGGUGGUUCUUCACAUACAUCUUAACUUGAAAUAUCUAUUAAAAUUGGUUUUAAUUUUGAACAAGCCAUAUAUAGAAAUGUGUGUAUAUAUAUAUG